AUGCCCCGUGACGACGAGCAGGAUAACUACGACAGCGAUGGAGAAGUCCAGGAGACUUUGAAAAAGGAUAAAAAACGUUCCCAUAGUGACGGUGAAGAAGAACCAGAAAUCAAAGACGAUGUGAAUGAGGAUGAAGAGGAAGAUGAGGAGGAAGAUGAAGAUGAAGAGGAAGAAGAAGAGGAAGAAGAAAUUGGUCCUUCCCGACGAAAACGCCCAAGAAGAGAAGCCCGCAACCAGUUUUUGGAUGUUGAAGCCGAAGUUGAUGAAGACGAAGAAGACUAUGAAGAAGACGAAGAGGGUUUACUUCGUGAAGACGGAUUUAUCCAGGAAGAUGAUCAUGCGGAUUACGACGAAGUUUCUGCUACUGAUGACAGAUUACACCGAGAAGUUGAUCGUCGCCGAGAGGCAAUUGUCGAGGAAGACGCUGAAAAACUGGCAUCUGAAUAUAAGGAAAAGUAUGGUCGUUCCACCGCAUCCAAAUAUCGUGGUGACACGGGAAAUGUACCUCAGCACUUGCUUCUUCCGUCAGUCCAGGACCCUAAUAUUUGGGGUAUUCGCUGCAAGCCAGGUAAGGAACGCGAACUUGUUCGAAUGAUUUUAAAGAAAAAAAUCAAUUUACAAAAUACAAAAAGUCCUCUUGAAAUCUUUUCCGUGUUCCAGCGUGAUGGAUUUAUGGGUUAUAUUUAUAUUGAAGCGCGUAAAGUCACAGCUGUGGAUCAUGCUCUUAAAGGUCUAGUCAAUGUUUAUGGUUCAAGCAAAAUCUUAGUUCCUAUCAAAGAGUAUACUGAUUUGUUACGCGUCAACAAAUCUAAAGAACAGGAAUUAACUCCUGGAACAUAUGUUCGCAUUAAACGUGGAAAAUACCAAGGUGAUUUGGCCAUUGUCGAGAAUUUGAGUGAAAAUGGUCUUGAAGCCCGUCUUAAAGUGGUGCCUCGAUUAGAUUACGGUAGAACAGCAGCUCUUAACGCAGAUGGUAAAAAACGACCCAAUAUUAAUUCGGCGAAGCAUAGACCACCUCCUAGAUUGUUUUCUGAAUUAGAUGCUGUUCAACACGACCAAAGAAACCUUUCCAAGCGCGGUCUCAAGUCCUUUAUUUACCACAAUGAAACCUAUGAGGAUGGCUUUUUGAUUAAAGAUUAUAAACUCACAUUUUUAACUACUGAAAACGUCAUGCCCUCACUGGAAGAACUUCAACGAUUUAACGGCGCAAGUGAUGAAGGUAUCGAUUUAAGUACACUUUCACAAACAUUAAAGAAUGAUCGAAGUAAUGUGUCUUUCCAAACUGGUGAUAAUGUCGAGCUUUUUACUGGUGAACAGGCUGGUGUUCAAGGACGUGUUAUGUCAAUCCAAGGUGAAAUUGUCACACUAAAGGCUACUACCGGCCCCCUCAGGGGUCAAACAUUUGAUGCACCCGCAUCCAAUUUGCGCAAAAGAUUUCAAAUUGGUGAACACGUCCGUGUCGCAUCAGGAAAUUACAGUGGCGAGACUGGUAUGGUGGUUGACAUUAGUAAAGAUAAUGUCACAAUUGUUAGCGAUUCAUCUAAAAAGGAAAUUACUGUGUUUUCUCGCGAUCUCCAAGAUGCAUCCGACAUUGGUGGCAGCUCAAACACAAGCGAGGACUAUGAGCUUUUAAAUCUUGUUCAGCUCAACGCCCAAACUGUGGGUUGUAUUAUUCGAGUUGAUCGCGAUACAUUAAGCGUACUAACCCAGGAAGGAGCUGUUAAAACUGUUCCGACCUCAUCUAUCAUUAUGAAGAUUACAAAUAAACGCCAGUUUGCCACUGAUCGUGAUGGUCAAGAAAUUCGUGUGGGCGAUACUGUUAAGGAGAUGUAUGGUGAAGGUCGUACUGGUGUGAUUUUACACAUUCACAGAAGGUUUUUGUUUUUACAAGACCGCAACACUACAGAAAACUUGGGUGUCUUUGUGGCAUCAAUUAACAGUGUGACAACAGUUGCUGUUAAGGGAGCUCGUGUUGACGUUAAUAAGCGUAAUGAGUUUGGCCAACAACAGUCCCAUAACCCAUCAUAUUCAUUUAACCGUGGUGGUAACAACAAUGGCAACAACCAACGCAAUGGCACCGGUGUACCCAUUAAACAAGGUGGUCGUGAUCGUGUCAUUGGAAAGACCGUGACAAUUGGUGCGGGUUCGCAGUAUAAAGGGUUCAAGGGUAUUGUCAAGGAUGCGACUGAAGAUACAGCGCGUGUUGAGCUUCAUGCACGCAACAAAGUUGUUACAGUAAAGAAGCAGCAGCUGCUGUUUUCAGAUGCACACGGAAAGUUAGUGUCAUACACAGAUUUCGUGGUACCUGCCAAGUUGCGACAUCUUACUCAGCCUUCACGUGGUGGCGAACAAGGUGGUUGGGCUGGUGGUCGUACACCAGCAUGGAACGCAGGUGGUGGUGGCGGCCGCACACCAGGCUGGGCCGAUGGUGGUCGCACACCGGCAGCAGGAGGCGGUCGGACUCCAGGAUACAGAGCUGGUGGUGCAACACCCAAUUGGAAUGGCAGCAAGACCCCAUCUUGGGGUGGUAGUGGCAGUGGGCACAAGACUCCUGCGUAUGGUGAAAGUGGGCGAUACUCAUCGUGGGGUGGUAACAAUGAUGGUGGUCGUACACCAGCAUGGAACACUGGUUCACGGACUCCUGGGUACGCGAGCAGUGGCCGAAGCUCUACUUGGGAUGCUGGAUCUCGAACGCCUGCUGCUGGUAGCAGUGGAGCUAUGUCUACAUGGGAUGCUAACUCUUCUAUGAACAGUAAUCGGAAUAAUGAUUACGGUAAUGACCGUGCAAGAUCAUGGUAUGAUUCAUCUAAGGGCAAUGGCAGCCACGGUGGUCACGGUAGGGGUCACAGCGGUGCUGAUAUGACAGCUCCUACACCCGGCGCAUCGGCCGCUACGCCACAUUUUGCUGAGACACCUGGUGCCUUUAGUGCACCAACUCCUGGUGUAUUUCAAAAUGAUUUUGACACUGCUCCAACACCUGGUGUAUUUGAUGCCAAAACACCUGGAGCUGCGCCAACACCAGCUGCUUGGGGGUCUGCGCAUGAUGCAGAAACACCUCGCUUUGAGCCUGGAACCCCUUGA